AUGAAGUUCAUUAUCCUGUUCGCCGCCUUCUGCGCCCUGGCCUGCGCCGCGCCCAGCGACGUUGUGAUCACGGAUCAGCGUCUGGAUGUUGAGCCCGAAAAGUGGUCCUUCAACUCGGCAACCAGCGACGGCGCCAGCGCCCAGCAGAGCGGCGUCCUCACCAACGCUGGCAGCGAGCACGAGGCAAUCGCCGUCAAGGGCUCGUUCGAGCACGUUGGCCCCGAUGGCGUCAAGUACACCGUCAACUACAUCGCUGAUGAGAACGGUUUCCAGCCCGAAGGCGCCCAUAUCCCAAAGGCUGAUUAUUAA